AUGAAUAACAAACAAGAAGAAAUAGACCAAUUUCUUUCUUCAACGUCGACAUCACCAUCACCAUCAUCUUCUUCAUCGCCAUCGAAUAACGAUUCAACAUCAUUAAAAUCUAUGAUAUCGGGAAUAGAGAAUUUAAAUGUUCAUUCCAAAGGAAAUGACAACAAAAAUAACAACAACAAUAACAACAACAACAACAGUAAUAACAACGAAAAACAAAAAGAUAUUGUAUCAUUAGAAAAUAAUAGUAGCAGUAAUAACACUACAACAACAACUACAACAACUACCACCAGUAAUCAUAAUAGUAAUAAUAAUAGUAACAACAAUAAUAAUAAUAUUAAUAAUAAUAAUAUUAAUAAUAAUAAUUAUGAACCAUUAGUCAAUGGUCAUAAUAAUGGAUUUGGAGACAAAUUGAACGACCAACCAUCUCCAUCUUCUCAUAGAGUAUCGGAUUUUUCUGAUGAGUAUAGUCCAUCAAAAGUUAGGAUUUUAGUUGCAGAUGAUGACGAUGUUCAAAGAAAGAUUUUAAAUAAUUUACUUAAAAAAUUUCAUUAUAAUGUUACAUUAGUACCAAAUGGAGAAAUAGCAUGGGAAUAUAUAAAUAAAGGUCAACAAAAAUAUGAUUUAGUAUUAACAGAUGUAAUGAUGCCACAUAUUACAGGCUUUGAUUUAUUACAAAGAAUUAAUGAUCAUCCAGUUCACAGACAUAUACCAGUUAUUUUAAUGUCAGGAACAGCAGUAGAUUAUAAAUAUGCAAAUGAUACAAUUAAAAUUGGUGGACAAGAUUUUUUAACAAAACCAAUUGCAAAGGAAUUAUUAAAGAAAAAGAUUGAUACAGUUUUACAAAGUAUUUGGCAAAGAAGAAAAGAGGAAGAAUAUAAAGCAACGUUGGCACAAGAAAGAGAGAAAGGUAAUAAAUUAGCAAAGGAGAUGGAAUUGAAAGAACAUGAGAUUGAAGAGUUAACCAAAAAAGUAUCGAAAAUGUCUUCAAUCUCAAAGGAAGCAAUGGAAUCACCAUUGGUAUCAGUCACAAGAAACAUUGAGGAGCUAUUGAAGCAAAGUAGUUGGUCUCAUUAUGAAUCAGAGAUCAAGGAGAAACUAAGCUCAAUUUUAAAGGAGUUGGGUUCUUCAAAUAUUUACAGACCAAGUUUUGAAAAGUUGAUAAAGAAUGAUUCAGUUGACCCAGUUACAAAGAGUUUCUUGGUUUCAGAGUUUUCGUCAACUACAAGUCGUAGAAAUUCAAUACCAACUUUCCCUCAAACUACAUAUAAUCGUGAUACCAAAGAAGUGAUCAAAGGUUGGGAGUUUGAUGUUUUCAAAUACUCUGAAGAUGAUUUAAUGCCAUUAUUGGUGGAUAUGUUUGAAAACUUUCAAUUACCCGAAAUUUUUAAAAUUCCUAUUGAAAAGUUACAACGUUUCAUCAUGACAGUUAAUGCACUAUACCGAAAAAAUAACCGUUAUCAUAAUUUUACUCAUGCCUUUGAUGUCACUCAAACUGUUUACACUUUUUUAACCUCUUUCAAUGCCGCUCAAUAUUUAACCCAUUUGGAUAUUUUCGCUCUAUUAAUCUCUUGUAUGUGUCACGAUUUAAAUCAUCCAGGUUUUAAUAAUACUUUUCAAGUUAAUGCUCAAACUGAAUUAUCAUUAGAAUAUAAUGAUAUUUCUGUAUUAGAGAAUCAUCAUGCUAUGUUAACAUUUAAAAUUUUAAGAAAUAGUGAGUGUAAUAUAUUAGAAGGUUUAAAUGAAGAUCAAUACAAAGAAUUAAGAAGAUCAGUAGUUCAAUUGAUUUUAGCAACUGAUAUGCAAAAUCAUUUUGAACAUACUAAUAAAUUUCAACAUCAUUUAAAUAAUUUACCAUUUGAUAGAAAUAAAAAAGAAGAUAGACAAAUGAUUUUAAAUUUCUUAAUAAAGUGCGGUGAUAUUUCAAAUAUUGCAAGACCAUGGCAUUUAAAUUUUGAAUGGUCUUUAAGAGUUUCAGAUGAAUUUUUCCAACAAUCACAUUAUGAAACUAUUUGUGGUUAUCCAGUUACACCAUUUAUGGAUAAAACCAAAACCACAAGAGCAAGAAUCGCAGCGGAUUUCAUAGAUUUCGUUGCAUCACCUCUUUUCCAAAGUAUGGCAAAGUUCUUAAAAGAAAGUCAAUUCCUAUUAAAGGUAAUUAGUAAAAAUCGUGAAAAUUGGCAAGCAUACAUGGAAUUACAAAAAGAAGGUAAAUGUAAUGAUGAUGAUCUCCAAUUUAUGGAAGAUCCAACAAUUUUGGUUAAAUCAAAAUUACCAAAAAUUGAUGAAGAAGAAAAUAGAGAUAAAGUUUCUUCAUCAUCAUCUUCUUCGACCGCUCCUUUAACUUCAACUUCUUCUUCAAAUAAUGAAACUUCAUCAUCAUAA